AUGGAGACAUACGUAGACGACAUGAUUGUCAAGAGCCGUAGAGGUGUCUCAUACGUAGACGACAUGAUUGUCAAGAGCCGUAGAGGUGUCUCAUACGUAGACGACAUGAUUGUCAAGAGCCGUAGAGGUGUCUCUCAUGUCGACGACAUGAUUGUCAAGAGCCGUAGAGGUGUCUCUCAUGUCAAAGACCUUAACGUCAAGAGCCGUAGAGGUGUCUCUCAUGUCAAAGACCUUAACGAGGUAUUUUCUAUUAUGAGAAAUUUCAAUUUACGCCUGAACCCUAAGAAAUGCACAUUCGCAGUCAAUGGGGGCAAGUUUCUGGGAUUUAUGGUUACUAGAAAUGGGAUAGAACCAAACCCAGAAAAGGUAAAAACCAUUCUGGACAUGGAACCCCCGCGGUCCAUCAAAGAAGUCCAAAGACUCAAUGGUCGCUUAGCGGCUUUGGGUCGAUUUCUAUCUAAAUCGGCCGAACGAUCCCUUCCCUUCUUCCAGAUACUAAAGAAGAAUAAGGGGUUUGAAUGGACCCCAGAGUGUCAGUCGGCCUUCAAUGACUUGAAAAAAUAUUUGCUAUCCCCGCCACUGCUUGCAAAACCAGAGGCGGGUGAAACCUUACUCUUAUACCUGAGUAUAUCUCAGGGUGCGAUCAGCUCCGUGUUGGUCAAAGAGGAAGGGGGGACUCAGCGUCCCAUUUACUAUGUGAGCAAGGCUCUACACGACGCAGAACUACGGUACACUGCCGUGGAGAAAACAGUGUUUGCUGCGGUCACCGCCUCUAAAAGGUUGGCCCAUUACUUCCAAGCUCAUCCCAUCCAUGUACUCUCACAUCAACCAUUAGGGAGUUUCUUACGAAACACUAACUCUGCUAGGAUGGCGAGAUGGGCCAUGCACCUCAGCCAGUUCGACAUUGAAUUCAAACCAAGGCCCGCCAUCAAAGGUCAAGCCCUUGCGGACUUCAUAGUGGAAUGCACAGCCCGCGAUGUGACGGAGCAGGUGGAAAAUGAAGAUGGGGGAUGGUGGACCUUGUCUACGGAUGGCUCAUCCAAUAGUAAAGGUUGUGGGGGUGGAGUAGUGCUCAUCACCCCAGAAGGAUUCCGCGCUUACUAUGCAAUCAGGUUCCACUUCAGGUUAUCUAACAAUGAGGCAGAGUAUGAGGCCCUCCUCAACGGACUGCGGUUAGCAGCAGGACUACGAGCAGAAAAAAUUCGCAUCCGAUGUGAUUCUAAGUUAGUGGUCGGUCAGGUGACUGGGGAAUAUGAAGCCAAUGAAGGGAACAUGCAAAGGUACAGGGAUGCAGUGCUGCGAACCUUGCGAGAAUUCGAAGGGUAUGAAAUUCACCAAGUACCUCGAGAACAGAAUGCUGACGCUGACAUGCUCUCCAAGCUGAGCACUGGGAUCCCCGGUCACAUUCGCAAGAUUGCUCGGGUUGAGGAUUUGGAGACAUCCAGCAUCGACAUCUCAUGGGUCUGCCCCGUGCAAUCCAGAGAGCCAUGUUGGAUUGACCACAUCACAAAGUACAAGAAGGAUGGCACUUUACCAGCGGACGAGCAAGAUGCAAAACUAGCAAGGUUGCGGGCACCCAGCUACGUGAUAUUGGAAGACAAGUUAUAUAAACAAUCCUAUAAUGGCACACUUUUGAAGUGUGUAUACCCUGACGAAGCAGAGUUGAUGAUGAGAGAAGUUCACGAAGGAGUGUGCUCCGCGCAUCAAGGAGCAUACACCAUAGCUCGACGCAUCAUGCUGCAAGGCUUCUUCUGGCCAAAGAUGUUGAAGGAUUGCGCAGAAUACGCCAAGCGAUGCCCUAAGUGUCAAGAAUUCCAGACAUUGCCAGGACGACCCGCGACCAACUACACUCCGGGCUCGGGAAGCCGGAAGUACAUUAUCGUGGCCAUUGACUACUUCACCAGAAGCCGGAAGUACAUUAUCGUGGCCAUUGACUACUUCACCAAAAGCCGGAAGUACAUUAUCGUGGCCAUUGACUACUUCACCAAAUGGGUGGAAGCUGAACCUCUGGCUAGCAUCACAGCAGCCAGGUGUAAAAAGUUUGCAGAGAAGAACAUACUAUGCCGCUUCAGCAUCCCCAUCCAAGUAAUCACUGACAACGGACGUCAAUUCGAAGGCGGAGAGUUCUCAGACUUUUUGACGAGAUGGGGCAUCAAGCACAGCCGGGUGGCGAUGUCAUACCCACAGGCGAAUGGUCAAGUAGAGAAUGCCAAUAGAACCAUCCUUGAUGGUUUGAAGAGGAAAUUGGAAGCAGCUGGCAGGGCGUGGGUUGAGGAACUGGACAGCAUCCUUUGGACCUAUCGCACAACCCCAAGGAGGGCUACUGGUGAAACUCCUUUCGCCUUGAGUUACGGGUUCGAAGCUCGAGCUCCAGCAGAGGUGAUGACACCGAGUAGAAGGAUGGAAGAAUACGAGGCAGAGCAAAACGAGAUCCAACAAGGAACCGAUCUCAAUUUCAUAGAUGAAAAGCGAGAAGCUGCGUUCUGUAGGAUGGAAAACUACAACAGGCAGUUGAAGUCCUAUCAUGACGCCAAAGCAAAACCCAGAUACUUCCAAGUAGGCAAUUAUGUUUUGAGAAGGAGGGAAGCCAGUCAACCCUUGGAAGGAGGCAAGUUCGCGAAAAAAUGGGAGGGUCCGUAUAUCAUAGACGAGGUGAUUCGCCCAGGAACCUACAAGUUGAUGAUAGUAGGAGGCAGGUUGAUUGACAGAAUAUGGAAUUCAGAACACUUAACGAAAUUUUAUCGGUAG